GCCUCUGGGGAGUAUCCGAGUAUUUAUAACAUUACACAAACCAAAGGUCUCCAUCACAGUGUUCAUGAAAUGCUGGGUUUAUCCAUUUCCUGGGGCGGGCCUACGGAGGAGUGCUGAAGAUUUCUUUGUGAGUGACUGAUGUAACUGAAUUAUUCAAUUGGUAAAUUUAAAUCUUGAUGCAUAAACUGAGAAGCAUUAUUAAUAAUGAAAAAAUAUACUGUAAUAUAUUUCCCUAAUGCUUACUAUUGUUCCAAAUCAUCUCAUAUCUUUAGGUAAAGCAGACCCUUGGUGGUGUCAAAGGUUUCUUCACCCUGACUGCUGAUAUCUGGACCAGUCGUGCAACAGAGGCCUCCCUUGGUGUGUAUUGCCAUUUCCUGAGUGAAGAUUGGAAGAUGAAGAGCUUCAUCCUUGAUACCAUGCCUCUUGAGGAGAGGCAUACUGGUGCCAAUAUAGUGACAUGGAUGGAAGAGGUGCUAACAAAGUUUGACAUCUUGCCUGCCAAAAUAAAAGCAGUAGUACAUGACAGUGGUUCCAAUAUGGUGGCAGCAAUGCGACUGCUUAAAGAAAAACAUGGAUGGGCCUCUAUCCGCUGUGCUGGACACACACUCCAGCUCAUAGUCAAUACUGCUCUCAAAGAAACCACCAUCAGCAGAGCACCAGGUGCUGCUAGGCAGCUAGUGGAGCACUUUAAGAGAAGCGAGCUGGCUAGUACAAGACUAAAAAUGAAACAGGAGCAAAUGAAUGUGAAGAAAAAUAUACUGAUCCAAGAUGUCAGUACAAGAUAGUACAUUUCACAUGAUAGAGAGACUCCUCGAACAGCGCUGGCCUCUCACUGCCACUCUUUCAGAUCCCGAGGUAACGCCAAGGGGGAAACACUACUUCGACUUGAAGCCAGAGGAGUGGGUGCUGCUUGAAGAACUGAAGCAAGGUUUGGCACCUUUUGAGACUGCUACUGUUUACCUUAGUGGACAGCAAUACACAACUGUUUCAGGUCUUCCACAGGUGGUCAAAGGGCUGACACGGGCUGUACACCAAAGCCAACUGGAGACGAGCUCAGGAAAAUCUUUCAUUGCCAGUGCAGAAAAAGGCAUAACACAGAGAUGGGGGAGUGUAUGCACUUCCUCAGCAGACAAAGAAAACCCUGUUAUUCUCGCAGCUGCCUUGGACCCCAAAUACAGAAAGUUGAAGUUUUUGGCUCCUGAAGAUGUCAUCAGAGUGCAGGGGACUGUUGAAGUGCUUGCUGUCAAAGAAGCAAAUGCUGGGACACAUGAGCAUGCAAAAGUGCAGACGGCCAAUGGUUCAGGUAGAAUUGAAAAGACUGCUCUGGACAACCUCCUUGAGUCUGACACAGACAGUCAGGGUGACAAUGAGGAAGCAGCAUCUAAGGAGGACCAAGAUGUCCAAGUUGUGAGAAGUGAAGUUCAGCUGUACUUUAAAGAAGCCACAGUUUCUAAAAAGGAUGAUCCUCUUAAAUGGUGGAGCGAAAAUGAGGGACGUUUCCCCACACUAUCAAAGCUAGCUAAAUCUUUUCUGUGCAUUCCUGCAACCUCCACCCCAUCGGAGCGGAUCUUCUCCACAGCAGGGAACAUCUGCUCUCAAAAGAGAGCAAGCCUUUCUGCAGAACAUGUAGAAAAGCUAACUUUCCUGUCUAUGAACAAUAAUCUCGUGUAGAUUGCUAUACUGACUAUAUAGUCCCAAAGUUCAAUAUAGUUGUGAGGACUGAGCACAAAAUGCUAUUUUGUUAUAUUUGUUUUCGGUUUGCUUCAAACUAGAAUUUUCAUUAAAAGUUUAAUAAACUAUCAUCUUGUCUUUAUUUUUAGUUUCACAUACCCUAAACACUUAAAGCUGUAAGCUAAUGAUAGUUAUAUAAGAGCAGAUACAUGCUGGUGCAAUAAGCUGUACGUUUUAUGUUCAAUGGAUGCAUGAUCUGAUUAGUCAACUAAUCGCAAAAAUAAUCGGUGACUAGUCGACAAUCAAAAUAAUCGUUUGUGGCAGCCGUAGUCCAAACUACUCAGGGUUUUAUUAAGGCUGUGGUGUUUUUAACAUGUUUUAAUGUUUUGUAUUUGUAUUUUCUAUUUAAUCCAAACAAGCACCUACAAACAGUCAGUGAUCACUGUCGGCCUCUCGGUUUUUAUUACCACUGUUCAUUUUAAAGCUCAGUUUUUAGACCCUUACGAUUUAACUACAGCCCAGCCCAUGCAGCAGUAUAUUAAUGACUAACCUCAUAUUGUGGAUGGAUUAACACAGUUGAUCUUCUGACUGAAGGUUGAUCUGUUUACAGCAUCCUGCCAUGCGAUUGCAUUUGUCCCUAACCAUCGAGAACCCUCACGCUAGCUUUUAUCAAGUGGAAAAAACGCUAGCGUUCAUCCUCCAGCUUCACUGUGUUUAUAUUAU